CGCGCACUGCUGGUGCACGAGCAGCCCUCCAUCGAUUGUACGCGGAGAAGAAAAAGGGCGAAGAAGAAGAGCCGGAUCCAGACGAACCAGGACCAGGACCAGGACCCGGGCGCAGGAAACACGGACUGAACCGGAUCUGCUUUGGGUUUUGUUCUGGGUUCGGAGGUCUGACACGGAUCCGGAUACGUGGGCCGGACUGAUCCGGACUACAGCGGCUCCUCUGCGGUAAAACCAGACCAGGACCAGGACCAGGACCACACAGCACAACGGGGUUUAGAACGGACCGGGUCGGAGGGUGUGGGGGUUCUGGAUCCGGAGCAAGACCAGCAGUGGACCGGUGCCACGGCGGACCAGUUGAGAUGUCCUGACUCCGUCCUUUGGGCUGACACCGCGGUGCUGAUGGGACCUGCUACGUCACCAUGAGCUUACAAGAUGGCGGCUGUAGCUAUGCAGGCAGCGCCAACGUGGCCGCCGCUGGUGGCAGCAUGCGGCGGCGUUUGGAGGAUCAGGAGUUCACCGUGCGGGUUUACCCGGGCGCUCUGUCCGAGGGCACCAUCUACUGCCCCGUCAGCGCCUGCAAGAACACCAGCGCUGCCGAAGUCAUCGACGUCCUGAUCGACCGCCUGCACCUGGACCGGACCAAGGUCUACGUGUUAGCCGAGGUCAAAGAGUUCGGCGGCGAGGAGUGGAUCCUGAACCCCGGAGACUGUCCGGUCCAGAGGAUGAUGCUGUGGCCCCGAAACGCUCUGGAGAACCGAGGCGGCAGCGGAGACGACUACCGCUUCCUGCUGCGGGAGAAGAACCUGGACGGGUCCAUCCACUACGGCGGCAGCCUGCAGAUGUGGCUGAGGGUGACGGAGGAGCGCCGCCGCCUGGUGGAACGGGGUUUCCUGCCUCAGCCGGCGGGGACCGACCCUCCGGCCGACCUGUGCGCUCUGCCGGAGCUCACUGAGCGCGCUCUGUUGGACAGCCUGCGAUCUCGCUUCAGGCAGGAGAAGAUCUACACGUACGUGGGCAGUAUUCUGAUCGUCGUCAACCCGUUCCAGUUCCUGCCGAUCUACAACCCCAAGUACGUCAAACUGUACGACAACCACACGCUGGGGAAGCUGGAGCCACACAUCUACGCCGUGGCCGACGUCGCCUAUCACGCCAUGCUGCAACGAAGGAGAAACCAGUGCAUCGUCAUCUCUGGAGAGAGCGGAUCAGGAAAAACCCAGAGCACCAACUUCCUCAUCCAUCACCUGACGGCGCUCAGCCAGAAGGGGUUCGCCAGUGGGGUGGAGCAGACCAUACUGGGGGCGGGGCCUGUUCUGGAGGCCUUCGGAAAUGCCAAAACAGCUCACAAUAACAACUCCAGCAGGUUUGGAAAAUUCAUCCAGGUCAACUACCAGGAGAGCGGCACAGUGAGGGGAGCCUAUGUGGAGAAGUACCUGCUGGAGAAAUCCCGCCUGGUGUAUCAGGAGCACAAUGAAAGGAAUUAUCAUGUGUUUUAUUACCUGUUGGCUGGAGCCAGUGAAGAGGAGAGGAAGUCCUUCCAUCUGCUCCAACCUGAGGAAUACCACUACCUCAACCAGAUGACAAAGAAAUCAGUCAAACUCCACUGGGAUGGUUUCUGUGACAGUGAAGUGGCGGGGACAGUGCGGGACUCCAUGGCAAAGUCUUUGUACAGCGCUUUGUUUGACUGGAUCGUGUUCAGGACCAACCACGCUCUGCUCAACAACAAAGACCUGGAGGACAACUCCAAGAUUCUGUCCAUCGGAGUGCUGGACAUCUUUGGAUUUGAGGAUUAUGAAAACAACAGCUUCGAACAGUUCUGCAUCAACUUUGCCAAUGAGCGUCUGCAGCACUACUUCAACCAGCACAUCUUUAAACUGGAGCAGGAAGAGUACAGGUCAGAGGGAAUCACAUGGCACAACAUCGAAUACAUCGACAACAGCGGCUGCAUCAACCUCAUCAGCAAGAAGCCAACAGCACUGCUCCACCUGCUGGACGAGGAGUGCAAUUUCCCUCAGGCGUCCAAUCAGACUCUUCUGGACAAAUUCAAACGCCAACAUGAUGGAAACAGCUACAUUGAGUUUCCCGCCGUCAUGGAGCCGGCGUUCAUCAUCCGACACUACGCCGGGAAGGUCAAGUACAGCGUCAAGGACUUCAGGGAGAAGAACACAGACCACAUGCGUCCUGACAUCGUUGCUCUGUUGAAGAGCAGCAGGAGGGCGUUCGUCUGUGGGCUCAUGGGCAUCGACCCCGUGGCCACGUUCCGCUGGGCCGUCCUCAGAGCGUACUUCAGAGCCCUGGUGGCCUUCAGAGAGGCAGGACGACAACACAGGACCUGCAGAGCCGGGAACAACGCGGUGGUUUCCUGCUCCGUGGGUAAAAGCGUGGACAGCUUCAGCUUCCUCCAUCACCCGGUUCACCAGAGGAGCCUGGAGAUCCUGCAGAGGUGUAAAGAUGAGAAGUACAGUAUGAACAGGAAAAGUCCUCGGACCCCCCUCUCUGACCUCCAUGGUUCCAACGCUCUAAACGACAGACCUGGACGUGACGGCUAUGGCUGUAAUGGGCGGAGCUCCAGGUCCGGUCGCUUGACAUCCACAGGAAGUCCCGCCCUUGAGGAGGAUGGCAUCUUCCUGAACUCCACCAAUAGCAAACUGCUGGAGCGAGCUCAGGGCAUCCUGCUGAGGAACAAGAACUACAAAAAUAAACCAACACUUCCCAAGCACCUGUUGGAUGUGAAGUCUCUGCGCUACCUGAGCAGUGUGACGCUCCACGACCGCAUCACCAAAUCUCUGCUUCACCUGCACAAGAAGAAGAAACCUCCCAGUAUCAGCGCUCAGUUCCAGGCGUCGCUCAAUAAGCUGAUGGAGACUCUGGAUCAGUCUGAGCCCUACUUUGUGAAGUGUAUUCGCUCCAACGCUGAAAAGAUGCCGCUUCGUUUCAACGACAGCCUGGUGCUGAGACAGCUCAGGUACACAGGGAUGCUGGAAACCGUCCGCAUCCGCCAAUCAGGAUACAGCAUCAAGUACAUGUUUCAGGAUUUCGUGCGUCACUUUCACGUCCUUCUGCCUCGAGGCACUAAACCCACCAAGUCUGGAAUCAGGGAGUUUUUCCGUCGGAUCCACCUGAUGCCUGCUGGGUAUCAGGUGGGACACACCACGGUGUUUCUGCGGGAGGCGGAGCGUCAGCGUCUGCAGUCCCUCCUCCACCAGGAGGUCCUGAGGAGAAUCGUCACCCUGCAGAGACGCUUCAGGGCCGUUCUGGAGAGGAAACACUUCAUUAACAUGAGAAGAGCUGCCGCUGUCAUCCAGCGCUGGUGGCGUCGCUGCCUCCUCAGACGCUCAUCGUUCAGCCUCGGGGCGGCGGAGGGGGCGGCGGUCUGUCUGCAGGCGGCCUGGAGGGGCUUCAGGGAGCGGCGCCGCUUCCUCCAGUGGAAACACUCGGUCCUGGUCCUACAGAGGAGCUGGAGAAACCACCGCCGCCGCCAGCGCAGGACACAGGCCGCCACCGUGAUCCAGGCGGCCUGGAGAGGAUUCACACAGAGGAGGAGGUACCGCAAGACCUGCAGGACGGUGACCCAGCUCCAGGCCCAGGCCCGAGGACACCAGGCCCGCAUCAGGUUCAGAGACCUGAAGCAGAAACAUGAAGGAGAGCUGCUCCAUGUGGAACCUGCAGAUCCAGACCUGAUCCUGCCAGAACCGGAUGUCCCUGAGGAGGCUAGACCUGAUCACGUAGACCAGGAGGAGGACUCAGAGCGGAUCCGGACCGUGGACGACACGAGCCUCAAGAGCCGGUCCAAACGAGAGAGCAGACGGAUGAGGGAGCUGGAGCAGGCCCAGUUCAGUCUGGAGCUGCUGAAGGUCCGGACCGGCAGUCUGGACCACCACCACAGACCCCCGCAGCGCCAGGGAAGUCCAGAACCACCGACAGGGGAGACCCCAGGCAAGCCCAGGGAUUCAAACCACAACCACAAACCGGACAACGACGACGAGGCCCCAAGAGCCACCUUUUACAUCCCGUCUGACCAAAGCCCGGUACACGAGUCCAGAUGGGACAGUCCCGGUAAAAGCCCCAGACAGCGCAGGGAGUCGACGUCUCGGAGGCCCGUGGUGGUCCUGAUCAGCAUGCAGAAGGAGAGUCCGGUGGAGGAGGAGCAGCUGCUGGCGGCGCAAAUCCUCCAGAAACCCUCUCAGACCCCCAUUGCGGGUCUGGAGGUGGGCUCAGAUCCCAAACCGCCUCAGGAAGCCGGUUCAGAACCGGCGGCCGUCUGUUCCUCAGAGGUGGACAUCCAGAUGGUUCUGGAGCCGAACGCCGGCUCCUCUGGUCUGCAGGAGGACCCCAAACCCCGCAAAGCCCAGAAGAAGAGCUCGGCCCAGACCGUCAUCGUCAACAUGGUGGAGAAAAACUCCACCUCCGUGUUCAGUCCGCCGCGACGCAAACUGCCCUUCUCCAAGUCCGAUAAAGAUCUGGUGAACCAGGAGAGAUCCCUGAUCAUGUUUAGAGACGACACCAAGUCCAGCAGACACAGAGAGGUGAACUGUCCAGGAUCUAAAAAGAAAGCUCGAAUGUCCCGGACUCGCCCCGACUUCUUCACCCGCUGUAACUCUGAGGGGGCCGUCCAAUCAGACGACGACGACGACGAACAUUAUAUCCCCGCCCACUCCUGCACGCUGCCUUCCUCCCUCCCCCCUCCUCAGUCCCGACCCGGUUACCACGGUGACACCAAGAUGUCGUCUCACAAAGAGCAGAAGAAGCUCCAUAAGACCAUGUCCUCAGGAGACCUGGUCCUCAGAAAAACGUCCAGUCACGAUGGGAGUAGGAUGAAGGGAAAAAUGAGGUUCUGGAGUAAAACUAAGCAUAGCGAGAAAAAAAUGUCACGAGAAAAGGAGGCAAACCAGAGUGAAACUGGAGAAACACAAGAUGGGGCGUCUCCUCCCGUCAGUCCGGACCUCGGUGCUCCUCCUCCCCUUCCUCCUCCUCAUCGCGAUGUGUUCAGGGACAGUAAAGAGAACAAGGAGCCGUCUCCUAAAACCAGGAGGCAUCGCAGUUUGAAGAUCAGCAGCAUCACUCUGGAACCGGCCCAGUGGCAGAACGACGCUCUGCACAUCCUGACGUCAGCGCAUGACUACCGCAGCAUGAACGACUUCCUCAUGAAGAAGAUCACAGACCUGGAGUCUGAAGACGGUAAAAAAGACACCCUGGUGGAUGUGGUCUUUAAGAAGGCGCUGAAGGAGUUCCGGAUCAACAUCUUUAACUCCUAUUCCACCGCUUUAGCCAUGGAUGAUGGGAAAAGUAUCCGGUACAAGGACCUGUACGCUCUGUUUGAACACAUCCUGGAGAAAACCAUGCGUCUGGAGCAGAGGGACUGGAGCGAGUCUCCGGUGAAGGUCUGGGUCAACACCUUUAAGGUAUUCCUGGAUGAGUUCAUGACCGAAUACAAGCCCAUGGAGGGAACCAUCGGACGGGCUCCGAAACGUGAGCGCAAGAAGUCGAGGAAAAAAGAAACUGACAUUGUGGAGGAACACAACGGCCACAUCUUUAAGUCGACUCAGUACAGCAUUCCAACCUACUGCGAGUACUGCUCCUCCCUGAUCUGGAUGAUGGACCGGGCCUGCGUCUGCAAACUUUGUCGCUAUGCGUGUCACAGGAAGUGCUGUUCCAAGACGACGACCAUGUGCAGCAAAAAGUACGACCUGGAGCUUUCCCCCCGACAGUUCGGCGUGGAGUUAUCUCGUCUGACGAGCGACGAGCGGGCGGUGCCCCACCUGGUGGAGAAACUCAUCAACUACAUUGAGAUGCACGGCCUGUACACAGAGGGCAUUUACAGGAAGUCUGGAUCCACCAAUAAGAUCAAAGAACUGCGACAGGGGCUGGACACAGACGUGUCCAGUGUGAACCUGGACGACUACAACAUCCAUGUGAUUGCGAGUGUCCUCAAACAGUGGCUCCGUGACCUGCCCAGCCCCCUGAUGACCUUUGAACUGUACGAGGAGUUCCUGAGAGCCAUGGGUCAAAGUGAUCGUCGGGAGGUGAUGCGAGGAGUGUAUUCUGUGAUCGACCAGCUGAGCAGGGUUCACCUGAGCACGCUGGAGCGCCUCAUCUUCCACCUGGUCAGAGUGGCACUGCAGGAGGAAACCAACAGGAUGUCGGUCAACGCCCUCGCCAUCGUAUUCGCCCCCUGUGUCCUUCGUUGUCCGGACACCAUCGACCCCCUGCAGAGCGUCCAGGACAUCAGCAAGACCACCGCGUGUGUGGAGCUGAUCAUUAAUGAACAGCUGAGGAAGUACAAAGCCCGUCUGAAGGACAUCAGCAGUCUGGAGUUUGCAGAGAGCAAAGCCAAGAGCAGACUGACCCACAUCAGGAAGUCCAUGAAACCUGUACUAAUUGCUGUUAGAUUUAUGAGCAUAACCCGCACCUCUACCCCGCAGAGUAAAGGCCGGGUUCGACAGAGUGGCGGCCGCACCCCGUCUCCCCCCCUGAGCCCCAGAGCGCCCCCUGUGACGGACGCAGAUGCCGCAGGAGGAGCUGAGGAGUCUGCGGGCGCGGAGCUGAGCGAACAGCAACAGCUGGCGAUGCAGCAGGAGGAGCGGAUCCUCACCGAACAGAUCGAGAGUCUGCAGAAAGAAAAGGAGGACCUCACCUACGAGAUGUUGACCUUGGAGCCCAGGACGUCCGACGAUGAAACUCCUGAGUCCGAAGCGUCCAUCGGUACCGCGGACAGCUCAGAGAACAUCACCAUGGAGACGCAGGGAGCGACCUCUGACCCCUCUGAUCGAGGUGGUCUUUGUUCCAGAUCGUCGGAGGUGAAAAGCCGCCGAGCGCUGCGUCGCCAGCCCGACUCCCAGGACUCGGCCGACUCCACCUCCACUGUCUGCUCCUACCAGCCCACCUCCUCCUCCUCCAACACCUCCGGAUCCCCCUCCCCUCACUACCGCUUCCGGUCAUCGUCCUCAGGGCCGCUGCUGUCCUCCUGCGGCCUGGGGGCUCCACCGGGGGGGGAGGCCGAAGGCGGUCCCAAAACGGGGAAGACCCGGCACCGGAUCAGGCUGAGCCGGAGUUCGCCGCGAGAACCAGCCGGACACCGCAGGGACCCGGAAUUCAGCCCCGCCGCCCCCCCACAGCUGGUUCUGUACGGCAGCAAUGAGUUCAUGGUGUGAUGCCAAGGAGGUGGGUGGGGGUCCGGGGUGAACGAGGCUGGUCCUCAGAGCCCACAAACCCCUCCUCAAACCAGGGUGUCAACAGGAAACAGUCCUGAACUCAGAUCUGUUUGACUCCUGCUGAAGCUGCGACGGUCAGUCCGAGAAAUGACCUGCAAAGCCAAAUAUACAAAACCCACAACCCCCCCGACCUGACCCCCCCCCCCCAAACCAGUCAGACAGAAAUGUAGCCAUACUGACUGAAUGUUUACACAGGAGGCCAACAGGCUGCAUGCGUCUCACACACGCUAUGUCACAUGAUGUUAUUAUUAUUAUUAUUAUUAUUAUUAUUAUUAUUAUUAUUAUUAUUAUUAUGUACCCCUUUUCCACCAAUGUGAGCCUAGUACAAGUUCUGGUCUGGUUCUAGUGCUGGUUCAGAGACCAGGGUGUCCUGAUCACAUCCUCUUCUGUUUUAUUUCUAAUCAAUAGUCACUGCAGAUCUUCUGGAACUGUUGAAUCCAUACGUUUUGUUUUCCAGUUGACAUGUUUAGUAAAAGGUAUGUGGUGGUAGUUGAAGAUCAGAGCUGGGUCUUUACACAGUAUCUGAACGCUGUAAACAGCUUCUCAUUAAUCAAAGGGACAAAUGGCACAAUUGUAUAUGCAACCAAAACAGUGUCUGUCUGGUUGGUAUUAGGGUGUCGCUGCCGUUUUUAGUCCAUCUAGGUCAGGGCUGUCAAACACACUUUAGUUCAGAGACACAUUCAGGUAAAUAUGAUCUCAAUCAGGCCGGACCAGAAAAGUAAUAACAUAAUAACCUAUAAAUAAUGACAACUCCAAAGUUUUGUCUAGUUUAGUGUGAAAAAAGUAAAAUUACAUUAUGAAAAUGUUUACA